AUGGAGUUCAUUAAGCAGCUGUGGAGAUGUGUUUGUUUGGUCUUGAUCCUUAUGUUGGGGACUUGGUCUAGUGAAGCCACUUCUCGUAACCUCCAAGAUGCAUCAAUGUACGAAAGAUACGAACAAUGGAUGGUUCGUUAUGGACGCGAAUACAAUGAUGUUAAUGAGAAGCAGAAGCGUUUUGAGAUAUUCAAGAAGAAUGUGGCAUACAUUGAAUCCUCUAAUAGCGAUGUAAACAAAUCUUACAAAUUAAGUGUUAAUCAAUUUGCAGACCAAACGAAUGAAGAAGUGAAAGCCUCAAGAAAUGGAUUCAAAGGGCGUGAGUACUCCACAAAGACUACUUCUUUCAAAUAUGAAAAUGUGACAGUAGUACCAGCUACCAUGGAUUGGAGAAGCAAAGGAGCUGUAACUCCCAUGAAAGACCAAGGCCAAUGUGGAAGCUGUUGGGCUUUUGCAGCAGUGGCAGCUGUUGAAGGAAUUACACAGCUUGGAACUGGUAAAUUAAUCUCUUUAUCAGAACAAGAGGUGGUUGAUUGUGACACCGAAGACCUU